CGUCAUUCUCUUAUUAGCGCCGAUGGGAAAGGAUAUUCCAUUUUUCUUUCUUUCUUCCCAACAAAUAAAAACAAGAUGACAGAAACUUCCUAUAUCGUAGACGUCUAUACAACUCCAGAUCACUACAGACAUAUUGUUUCCUACUUUCGACAAAACCGACACAUCUUUAAACUUUAUUUUAACGGAAACCAGGAUGGAUCCCCCAUUUCGUCCGAACAAACACGUCCUAUGCUUCAAUCCUUAAAGGAAGAUGGUAUCAUCCCCCCUUCCUGGAAGCAUAACGAUCUUGAUCGCUGUCUCAAGGAAUUCAUGCAAAAAUAUAGAAAGCUCGCCGUAGCAAGAACAAAGCGUACAUUCAAGGUAAACGCAUCGGAUUUGAAAAAAGGUAUCACCACCACCGACGAUAAACUAGACUACCUCAUUCCCGAUUUCUAUCAAAUGCUCGAAUUACAAGGCCUCUGCGUAACCAAAGUAGUUGCCUUUCAUGGUGCACCCACGGGGACUAUUUAUACCUAUCCGAACGGCAAAGAUGACUAUCCUUGGGGUAAAGAAGUAACUGAAUCUAUGUUGCGUCAGGCUCAGGCUCGUAAGAUGGUGGACAUCCCAACCACUGAUCGUAUAAGACCAUCCAUCGAUCCAGCCACAGGUCAAUUAAGACCCCCAACCAGAACCCCAACCACCACCACCACAACAACAUCGCAACGCGCCAGACCUGAGGCUGACACCGAAAAUGAAUCAUGGGCUAACCAAUUGGCAAGAGCUAAAAGAGCCAGACCUGUCGAUGAAGGUCCCAUGGAGGAAACCAUGUCGGAUUACAGUUACAAGUUGGAGCUGGUUAAAUUGACUUUGGAGGCUUUUAAAAACAAGACAUUUGGUGAUGUGUCGUUGGACGAGGUGACAAAUAAAGUUCGUCGUAUCAGUAAAGCGUUUGACGAGGACUGGUAAAAAAAAAAAAAGAAUAAAUUAUACAGAGUUUUUUUUUUUUUUUUUUUUUUUUUUCUGAAAGUGGUGAUCCUUUCUAAGGGUGUGGCAAUAGCUUUUUUAAAUAUUUGGUGAACCAUUGAGGUGGUAUGGAUAUACGAAUCGAAUGUGUAAUAUGUUUCUUUUGGAUAGUGAUGGGUAAAAUCACUGUUAAAAAAAAGUAUAGAAAUAAAGCAUUUUUUUUUCUUGGAC